UUCUCCCUCUGGUUCUCCGCUCGGCUGUGUUUACCUCCAGCCCAGCGCUGCUGUACUGUGGCCAGCUGGACACAAACCACAGCCUCAACGAGCCCGAACAAAUACUCAUGUAAGCUGCCUCGUGUUCAAUCCUUCGCGGAUUUCCUGCAGCAGCUGUGUGUUCGUGACACCGUAAUAAAGUUGAGAUGAAUAAGGAAAUCAUGUCGCGCGUGGUGAAGAAGAGGCUGGCGGACCCCAAGGUGGUCCAGUACGUGUGGUCGGCCAUCGAGGUCGUCCGCAACCAGAAACAAAUUGCAAACAUGGACAGAAUCUCCAAGUACCUGAGCCGUGUGUUUGGCAUGCACCCCAAGGAGACUGCCAGACAGCUGAGCUUGGCUGUGAAGGACGGCCUGGUGGUGGAGACCCUGACUGUUGGCUGCAAGGGCACCAAGGCCGGCAUCGAGCAGGAAGGGUACUGGCUGCCCGGCGAUGAGAUGGAGCCGAAAGCCGAAGGAAGCAAGGAGUGGGAGGCAGAGAGCCACGACUGGUACUGCUUCGAGUGUCACCUACCGGGCGACGUCCUCUCCUGUGACAACUGCUUCAGGGUUUAUCACCUCAAAUGUCUGUCGGACGAGUUCAAGCCCAAAGACGGAGGAUCCCACUGGCAGUGUGUCGCCUGCAGGGUAGGGUGUGUGUGUGUGUGUGUGCUCAACACUUUUCCUUCACAAACUCUGAAGCGGCUCGUGCUCUCAGCAGAGAACCCCCCCACCGCAGAGCAGCAGCAGAGCCCGGGCACAGCCGCCCGGAGCUCAGCGGUGAGACUCAAGUACUCACCCUCGGAUAACUCCAGCUCCAGCUCGGCCAGUCUGGCCCGCACCUCCGCAGGAAGCGGCACCGGGUCCCGGCUUCUCUUCAAACCCCCAAAAUAUCCAAAGUCAGUCGGGCUGAGUCUCUGCGUGUCGCUCCGUGUGCGGCAGCAGCGCUGUUAG